CUGGAAAAAAACCAGUUCAAGCUCUAUCUGGUCCAGGUGAACUGUAGGGGAGGGGACGGGAGACGAAAAGGUGAGCAAGGAGCUGUAGAGACUGCAAGGUGCAUUCACUGGGGAAGAAACUGGUCAGGAGGCUCCAGGAGAAAAGCUGAACCUGCAGAUCAAGACGAAAGCCGGAGCAGCAGAGUAAAUGCUCAUCGCCUAGACUAUCCAGAGGACAAGGAGCUCAGGAUGUCUUCAGAGGAGAAAGAGGGGAAGGAAGGACUCAUCGAGUUUUAUUCCUCAUACCGGGAACUCUUUGAGUUCUUCUGCAGCAAUACGACCAUUCAUGGUGCCAUCCGUCUGGUAUGUUCCCGAAACAACCGCAUGAAAACCGCUUUUUGGCUCGUCUUGUUUCUGGCCACCUUCGGGCUGAUGUACUGGCAGUUUGGGCUUCUCUUCGGACAGUACUUCAGUUACCCAGUGAGCAUCAACUUAAACGUCAAUUCAGACAAGUUACUUUACCCGGCUGUGACUGUGUGCACCCUGAACCCCUACAGAUACCAGGCUAUCCAGAAUGACCUAGACAAACUGGAUAGAGCCACACACGAGACUCUUUUAACCCUAUAUGGGUAUAAUUAUACUAAUGAACAUGGAAGGACCAAUACGAAUAGGAGGAGGCGUGAAGCCGAAGCACCGCUUCCUUUCCCUCUUGAAAAGAUACCCGGUGGAGAAAUGCUUCAUAGGCGCGCCCGAAGUUUGGAUAACAGUGAAAAUGAAACAAUGGAAGUCAAACGACAGGACUGGAACUUCGGUUUUAAACUGUGUAAUGAUACAGGAGGAGACUGUUACUACAAGACUUACAGCUCAGGAGUAGACGCCAUUCGGGAAUGGUAUCGUUUUCAAUAUAUUAAUAUCCUGGCUAGAGUUCCUAAAACAGAUAACACCAAUGGAGAGCAAUUGGAGAACUUCAUAUAUUCCUGCAGAUUUAAUGAGGAGCCCUGCCUGACCGACGGGAAUUACUCACACUUUCACCAUCCGAUCUAUGGAAACUGCUACACAUUCAAUCACAAUCGUCCUGAAAGUGAAACAUGGAACUCUUCUAUGCCGGGCAUGAAAAAUGGAUUAAGUCUUGUCCUGCACAUAGAGCAGCAUGAUUAUAUUCCAUUACUAUCAACUGUGGCUGGAGCACGUAUCAUGGUUCAUGGUCCCAAUGAACCAGCCUUUAUGGAUGAGGGUGGGUUUAACAUCCGGCCCGGUGUGGAGACCUCUAUUGGCAUGAGAAAAGAAACAAUAAGUCGUCUUGGCGGGGACUACAGCGACUGCACCGAAGAUGGCAGUGACAUCGAUGUGAAGAACUUAUUCAACAGCGAAUACACGCAGCAGGUCUGUGUACGUUCCUGCUUUCAGGCCAUCAUGGUGGAGCGCUGCGGUUGUGCUUACGUCUUUUAUCCCCUUCCUGAUGGAGCAGAGUACUGUGAUUACGACAAGCAGAAGAGCUGGGGUCACUGUUACUACAAACUGGAUAAAGAAUUCAGUUCUGAUGAGCUGGGAUGCUUUACCAAGUGCCGGAAACCAUGCCAGCUGACAAAUUAUCGACUUAAUGCUGGAUAUUCCCGUUGGCCAACCAAAGUCAGUGAGAACUGGGUGCUUCAAACACUGUCGAACUCCAAUGCAACCAAGAGGGAUGGAGCCGCCAAGCUUAACAUUUACUAUGAAGAAAUGAACUACAAAAGCAUCGAGGAAUCUGCAACCCUUAAUAUGGUAAUGCUUUUAUCUUUGAUGGGAAGCCAGUGGAGUCUUUGGUUCGGCUCUUCAGUCCUUUCGGUGGUGGAGAUGAUGGAGUUGGUCUUUGAUGUCAUCGCCAUUGGCUCGAUCAUCCUUGCUCAUCGUUACUACACCCAAAGUAACAGGUCCGUGGAAGAGACAGGAAGAGUGCCGGCACCCGACCCUUCCUAUGGACAUAUGGAACGGCAAAGCACCCAGAUGCCGCACAAUGUCCCCUCACACAGCCAAAUGAGAGUCGUAGCUGAUAUCACUCCUCCACCGACCUACGAUAGCCUCGACCUGAGGUCUGUGGGAGGAGAAUCAUCUCGUAAUUCCAGCCUUCGUAGUCAUGGUUCCUAUGUUAGAGAGGCUGGAUGGAGGGAUGAAUAAGACAAGAUAAGAACAAGAUGGUAGAAAUAGAAUCGAAUCAGUCUAUAAAUGAGUGGGGGAAGCGGAUAACCAAGGUUAUUAGGAUGUGGGAAAUUAUAAUGACAGUGACCACACUUCUACAGCUUGACCUCAUUUAUCUUUGUGUUCAUCAAUUUGAUUAAAACAAAUUUCAUGUUAAAAUGUUCAUUUCCUGCCAGUAAACUGAAGAUGAUUUUAAAAAAGCACAGAGCUGAGCAGCCAAGUAUGGAUAGCAGGGUUGAGAGUUGUAUAAAAUGUCUUUUUGUGGGAACUAAAAGUAAAUUUACUGCAUUAUCUUAAAGGGAGUAAAUCAAUCUGAAAAACAUUAUUUAAUAAUAAAAUAAAAUUAUUAUUUUAUUCAAAAAUAUCAGUAAUAUAUGUGACUAUGUGCAACUUUGUAAUAUAUCUUAUCAUGGAAAAGAGCUACGGUAUAUUCCGCCCCUUCCAGUAACCUGCACUUCUCCCUCUGUAUAAGGAGUAAAAAGAAAUAGAAUUCAAGGAGAAGGGAAUGCAGCUGCAUUUUCUUUCUGCUGUGUCUCUGAGACUUAACGCUGUGAAGGGGAGGAGGAGCAAAAUUUAGGAAUAUCUAACUGGCUGCGAGGGCUCAGCGCUACACUAGAAUCACCCAAGCAAUAGCCUAUUCACAAAGCAGCAUCGGGAAAGUUAAAAUAUAGGCUGAGGGUUUUGGGAAAAUUUAUAAUUUAAGAAAACAAAUCAAUAAAUAAGAAAAUUCUUUCUCUAGUUCUAUGGAUUCACUUGAAUUAUUUUGCUGAGCAAAUAAUGAAAAGCAAUUAAGGGGAUUUUCCAGGAGUAAAAUACUGAAGACCUAUUGUCAGGAUCUGUGUGGGUCCGACUUCUGGCACCUUCGCUGAUCAGCUGUUUGAAGAGGCUCACCAAAGCGCCAUGGUCUCAUCACAGCAUUUAAAGUACGGUGCCGUGCAUUGCAUAGUGACUGCGCUUGGUAUUGCAGCCCAGGCUCAUUCAUUUGAAUAGGACUGCACUUCUCAUAGACCAUGUGACUGAUGAACGUGACGUCGCUGGACUAGGAAGAAGUUGCAGCGUUUAUCUGCGGCCUCUUAAAAUAGCUGAUGCCCGAAGCCAUACCCCCACUGAUCAGAUAUUAAUGGCCUAUCCUGAGAAUAGGUCAUCAAUAUUUUACUCCCAGAAAACCCUUUUAAAGUGCAAAAGGAAACUAUCAUUGGGAUUGCACCACCUUCAAGUCAUUAUAUACUUUUACCUUGAAGGCCCCCCCCCCCACCGUAUAACAGAUACCA